AGCGAGGGGUUAAGUAAAAGCCUCCCUAAUCCUUUUAGCUGCGUGUGCUCAGCCAGGCACACACAGAUUCUCCGUGUUUCGGUACAUGCUUUAUUGAAAUAUUAAAGGAAUGAAAAACAAGUGAUGACGAAUAAUAUAUGGAUUUGCUUUCCUCAUCUAUGGAUUCUCAGCAGAGACAUUGAAGACAGCGUUAUCAGUUUAUUUUCUUUGGGGGACGAGCUUAUGUGACGCAGAGAGCCUGGAAGGCUGAACAACCGAAGCCAUCUGAAGAUGACAGAGCCAGCAGGUGGCUAAGGACCUUGUCAAUUGUUUUGGGCUGCUCACAGCAUGUUUUACCCUGCUGUAUUGUGACCCUACCGUGAGAGAACCAGAGCCUUUUGUGCAUACAAUGGGCUGUUCUCCAUCAAAAGGUAAAGCUUUUGGGACUUAUGGCUCCUUCAGGAGGGGUAAAGCAUUGCUACCCGGGACAGAGGAUGCUAGUCCUCGAGACUUCCAGUGUGCAGAGUCCAGAGAUUUGUCCGUAUCAGCAGAUGGAGAAACGAAAGAGAGAAAACCGGUCAACGGCCCAGCCCAGUCAUCGCAGAGGGAGCCUCCGUUCUCGCCGCAGAAAAGGAGAACUUGUUUGUCGGAUCCGCCUCAAGAAGUGGUCCAUUUGGAUAUUUCAGGAAGUCAAGCAACAAGUAGCACUCCGGCGGCGAAGGGGAAACAGAAGUCGUUGGAGAAAGAUACGACAGACAAAAGAUUGGCCAAGAAACCAAAGAAAACUAGCACAGGUGUGAAACCUGUUAAAAAGGAGAAAGCGAAAAAAGUAAUUCUCUCAGAGCAGAAGGUAGACUUCCCAGAACCUCUGGUGAAGGCUCACCAGGCCGCUUAUGGUUUUUUAAACCCAAGUAUAACUAAGUAUGACAUUCUACUGGGACUCUUGGAACAGGCCACACAGACCCAGGUGUCUGUGCAGCCUAUGGCCGCCUUCAUGCUCAUGCGUUAUGAGGAAUUAAAUCGUGGCUUGGAAGCAAUGGCUUACGAAGGAGAAAAACUCCUGAAGGAAAACGGUGAGCAUCUGGCUUGGCCAUGUCCAACGAAAAAACCCUCAUCUUCUUCUCCUGUGAAGCCAGGCUCUGCCGACGUUGACCCCCCACCAGAUUUGCUGCAGCAGCUGCUCCAGUACACCACACAACGGAUGCAGAAUGUGUGCCAGACUGUUGGGGGAAUUGGGGAUUCCGCUUUGGAGGAGGCUGUGGAGUACUUUGCAUCGCUCUCUGAGCUUUUAGAAGAGAAACUGCAUAUCAAGCGUGCAACGGAUGCUAGGCUAAUGCAACUUCUCACACGUAUUGAAACAGCCUCGCUACGUAAGCCUGGACCAGAGGAUUCGGCUCUCUUUAGCGAGGACAGUGGUAUUGGGGCCGAGAGCGAAUCCCUGGCUGGAUCUGAAAGGCGGCUUAGGAGAGAAAGCUGUGAAUCUACCGAAACAAAUAGAAGCAGUCCCAUUGGGUGCAACGCAACUGCUAGGAACUGGCGUUCGAGUCGAAGGCUUGCAGGUAAAAACAGUUUGAGUGGGUCCCUCACGUCCAUAGAUUCUACGUGUACAAUAAUGGCCAAGGAACUAAAUGACACAGAGUCAAUCCUGGGUUCGUUCUCGUUGGACUAUGGUGAGGAAGAUGACAUCGAUGGUGUUGGGGAUGCAGAUGUUGAUGACAGGGAUAUGGUGGUUAGAAGGCGAGCUAAUUCAUCUCCUAUAGACCCAUCACAACGCCCUCGACGUCUCGCACCAAAGCGCAUUGAAAACCCGCGUAAUGUGGAGAUGACUUUAAAAAUGAAAGACGCCAUCAGUGGCCGUAUUCAAUUUGUUCCAUCACAACAUGCAAUUUCCAAAACUAAGGUAACAGGAAGCCCAAAACAUAAUGGAGAACAGUGGAGGGAGGAGGAUGAGGAGCGAUCUUGUAAGAGACCACAAACUGCCACUUCUGUUCGGAGGGCAGCAGUACAAAAGAGCCAAGUGUCCAAACAGCGACGCUCUCAGUCUGCAGAGUCUCUGAGGAGCAGGGGUGAAGACCAAACUCUACUUGAGUUAGAAAGAACCCAAAAAGUUCUCAAUCAAAGGAUAGAGAGAAUGAGCAAGGGAAAGGCAGGAUCAAACACCAGAACGGUUCCAUCCCAAAAAAAUCUAGGAACCUCUCCAGCACAGUCUCCAGCAGCAAGUCGUCAACAAGGUCCAUCAGUCAAGAACAACAAUGUUCAGCCUCCUAAAGAAAAGGCACACUUGAUAACACAGCCCUGCAAACAACAGGAGACGAGCUGUGUGGAUGAGGAUGACGAAAAACCAGCCGUCCAAACAUCCAAGGGUCCGAUAAAAGCUACUCCACCACCAAGCCCUCCAUCAUCACCACGACCUUCAUCCGGAUUUUCCAGAGGGCAGAAUUCUGUCAAAAAACUGAUCGAUACAUUCAGUAAAGGCAGGGAGCAAUAUGAGGAAACCCGCGUUUUAGGACCUCUCAAAGGUGUCAGAAAGUGUGGCGUUCCUGUCAUGCCAGGCUUAGGUAAUAUUGAGGCCGUUCUCAGUACUGGAAUCACAAGCUGUCGAGAUGAAUCAACAUUGAAUGAUAAAACGGAUGAUUUAGAUCUUGACAGUCUUCCACCACCUCCACUAGAGGUAUUAAAUGACAAUUCCUUUGAGGGGGCUCACCGUUUUGCUUCAUCAGAUAAUGGAUCAACAAAAAAAUUUAACUCACCUGUCGCUAAGAGAGCUAUUGUAUCACGGUUAAGGGCCUCAGUUCAGUCAGUCACAGUGCUGCCAUGUAAAGGGAAUCUGCCACAACUCUCCAGGGUCCCGCUCGUGAUGAGACCUGACACACAUGACACAGUUACAAAGAUGGAGCCAGAGAAAGCCGUAGCUACCUCCACUCAAAAGCAAGCUAAAAAGAUCACUCAUCUGCAGGAAUCUUCCGAAACGCAUUCUGAGGUCUCAUCAAUAACUAAUUGUCAUUCAGGGCCAUUUCUCAGCAAAGCAGCAGCCUCACUAGGAGAACAAAAUGAUAAAAGACAACCAGAUCCGGAGUUCAAAAGUGUGCCUCAAACCAUGGUUAGCAACAGCCAACCAUCUGUCACCACACCUUUGUCCAGGGUGCGAAUGCUACCGUCAACACCUUCGGUUCCAAGUACCGUGCAGCAACGACUCACUAGUCCCUGCAGUUCUAGAAAGCAGCCUAUCCCUGCCUCUUCAAGCAGCCCCCCAGUCAGCCGGAAGCUUCCCACUCCACCGCCUGUUCACAGGAGACUCCCAACCCCACCUGUUACACGGCGAAAUGUUCCAAACGCGGCCUCCUCGUUUCCUUUCAAGGCACCGUCUCCACCAGCCUCACCGCAAGUUCAGAGAUGGUCGAGGGCGAGCAGCAGCUGCAGCAGUAACGACUCUUCUACGUCUCGGCUGACGGGCAACGCUCGCUCUGUGUUUGGCCUCGCUUCCCCAUCUCUGUUUGAGGCCCAGCCUUACUCAGUGCCUCAACCUCCCCAAGCAUGGACCUCUGCUGGGGGUUCCCUUCAUCCGCGCCCUUGGGGAAGCCAUGCGCGAUGUCCUGUAGCUCUCCGAGGACCGCAGCCUUUUAUCCGGCGCUGCCAUUCAGAGCGAAGAACAAGUCUGCCAUCUCGCUCAGCUGUCAGCUUCUCCAUGGCCCAGAGCUGUGGGAGCGAGCCAUCCUUAAAUACACAGGGGCUGGGGGAUGAACCUCCCAGGGAGGAUGAAUUGUGGAGGAGCCAAUCAGAUCUGCGAACUACCUCACGCUCUCUUACUCACCCUGAUCUAUGCAUUGUGGGUCAGUCCUUACAUCGAGUAUGAAGGGGCUGGUAACGACCAAGUGGGAUUAGGGAUUAGCAGGCCUCUCAAAGGAUUUCUUGUUGUUUUGAAGAAAGUUAUCCCUUUUGUUUUUUUUGAGAACAACUUUUCUCUUAACCUUACUUUAAAUGUUUUUUUGAAAUGUUUUUGUAUGAUUUUAUACAAUGUGUGUGCAUCUGUGUGUCUUUGCGUGAAUAUAUACACAGAAAAAACACAUACGGUACAAUACAGUACAUACUGUAUAUAUUUCACGUUAUGAAAACACUCAAUACAUUGAAUGUCUGGCCUUUUGUUUUUCUAAAUAUGGCUAGGUUAAACUCACUGCGUAUUUGAUUUAAUUAAUCAAGUAGAGCCUGUGAAUAUUUUGGAUAUCUUAAUGAAUAUUUCUGUCUUUAUUGGUCUCCUAAUACAAUGUGCUAAUACAUUCUUCUAAUGAGAAAUUAUUUGUCAUAAUUUGUUGAAUAUAAAGACGAUUUUGUUUCAGGUAGUUUUUCCACGUACCUACACAUUUUAAAGGUAGUGCCUAGAAGUUAUUCUAAUUGGGAUCAGGCGGUGUUAUCAUUUGAUCAUCCCAGAUAUAGUAGAGUUUGUUUUAAGUAAGUCUUUACUGUGAAUAUAAUAAUUUAUAUUAACCAUAAUGGGUAUAAACCACACAAGCUCUGGUUAAAUUAACCUUCUUCCUGGGAAAUACCAAACAUACGAGAUACAGCAGAAAUAAAAGCGUACAUCAGGACAGUUUUGUUUUGUCUUCAUUGCGCUAUACUUGAUUAACU